GCGGUGUGGUCCUGGCUGCUGUAACUGACCCUGGUGAAGGACCUGCCUGUCCCAUGAGAGGGACAGCCAUCCCAGCAUCUUUUAAAAAAAUUUUAAUUUUUUGAGACAGAGUCUUGCUCUGUUGCCCAGGCUGGAGGGCAAUGGCACUAGCUCAACUCACUGAAACCUCUGCCUCCCAGGUUCAAGUGAUUCUCCUGCCACAGCCUCCCGAGUAGCUGGGAUUAUAGGUGCUUCCCACACCUGGCUAAUUUUUUGUAUUUUUAGUGGAGACAGGGGUUUUGCUGUGCAGCUGGUCGUGAACUCCAGACCUCAAGUGGUCCGCCUGUCUUGGCCUCCCAAAGUGCUGGGAUUACAGGCGUGAGCCACAGUGCCCAGCCCAUCCUAGCAUCUUUGGAAAAGAGCAGAGUGCUGGGCGUGGUGGCUUGCACCUGCAAUCCCAGCACCCUGGGAGGCUGAGCUAGGUGGGGUGCUAGAGCCCAGGAGUUCGAGACCAGCCUGGGCAACAUAGUGAGACCUCGUCUCUACAAAGAAAUAAAAUUAGCUGGGCCUGGUGGUGCGCAUCUGUAGUCCCAGUUACUUGGAGACUGAGGUGGGAGGCUCGCUGGAGCCUGGGAGGCGGUGACCGCAGUGAGCCUGAUUAUGCCACUGCACUCUAGCCUGGGUGGCAAAGUGAGACCCUGUUUCAAAAAAUAAAAAGAGGAUGGCUAAAGAGAAGAACCGAGUCCUGGAGCUGGGCAGGCACUUUACAGUGUACAGAGCAAGUGGGUGUGAGAACCUGGCAAGUGAGUUCAUGUCAACCCCGAGUAGGACAUAGGCUAAGCGGUCAGGCACAGCACUGCUCCAGCAGCUCCGGCAGCACGAGUGACCCGGCGGGAGCCUGUGGGCUGCCUUCCCAGCCCUGGGCCGGCAGCUGCUGUGGGGCCCUCACUUGACUUACUGGACAGCAGUGCUGUCUGCCACCUGGACACAGCAGGUAGAGCACCUGUGUGUCAGACCUCGGGGGGAGGGGCAGUAAUAGUGUGGAUGACGUCAGGCUUCAGGACUCUUUGAACAGGGCCGCAGGGCCAAACAAACACAGUGGCGUUGAUCAGGGCUGCCGACGUUCUGUGCUUGGGUCCGGAAAGUCACUGCUGCAGGAGAGGGGAGCGUGACCAGAGCCCAGGCCCCAGCUCGCUGCCACUGACAGGGGGCUCUGCUCUGCCUGUGGCACUGGCUUUGCUUCAAGGGGUGUCUGUGUCCUCAUGCUCUGCCAAGGCAGUGGGUGCCUGUGCCCCUGCUGUGUCCACCAGGCUGAUGUCUGCCCAUGUCAGCUGGCCAUAGCCCUAGCGAUUGCUCCACAGAGGCUUGCGUCCCCCUGACUCCUGCCUGGGAGGAGUCGCUGGGUCAGCUGAUGACAGCAGUGCCCGCUUCAGCCGGUCAGCAGGGAGGAGCUGGCUUCCCUCGCGGCCUCGCCUGCCUCCCCCGUGUGCACUGCUGUGACUGCUUCUGUAAAUAGGCAUAUCUGUGAGAAUGCCCAGUGUGGCACAGCAAGGUUUUGUUCGCUUGUGGCGUCAUACCGCUGUCCUGUCUGGUUGGGACUCGUGGCCCGCUUGAUGUUGGAGCCUCUUCAGGCGGCACCUGUGUCCUGGGUUAUGCCCUGAGUUCCUGGAGUUCCCUGCUUGCUGGCACUGUCUGGUACUUCCAGGAGAUGUGGGUCCUGCCUGCCCUGGAGCCUGGGCCUUCCUCGGGGAAGGAAUAGAUAGUAUGUCAGCUUCUUAAAUUACUUUGUUAAAAAUUGAGCAUAUGCGAAACAGUCACAAGAAUAAUGGUACUAAUAGUAGGUGCAAAGCGUAGGGAGUAAGCGGCCAUCACCCAGCCUGCUGAGUUUAAGAUACCGUUAUGUGGAAAGAGCUUGGUUGUCUAAACGCACCAUGUGGACAGUUUAACACGUAAUUUAUCAUCGGCAAGUGGGGAAUGCCCGGGUUUUUGCCUGUGGGGAAGAGAAAGGUUUUGAUUCCAGUCUCAGUGUUCUGAAGAGUUGGAGUCACCGACUGUGGCAGAGCCCUGUGUGUGGCAGCUCCGUGAGGCUGUCUGGGGCUGCUGUGGAGGAAGGGGCCCUUGGGCACCCCGGGAGCAGCCUGCCCCUCUGCCUGCCUCUGCCUUUGGACACGGAGCCUCCCUGCACAGCCACCCCCUGGUCACUGGCGUUGGAGCUCUUCCCUCCUGCUUUAGUUUUCCUCAACAUUUAGUAAAUGUUCCCGCUGCUCGUGUGGCUUUUAAAAAAUUGUAGUACCAAAAACUCUGAUUUUUUUGUGUGUGAUCCACACCCUCAAGGCUGUAUCGCUACGUAUCUGCUCAUUCUGAAAAAUGUCCGUCCUUUCUGAAUUCAAAUGAAAGAGCAGGAGAAACCAUAUCUGUCCAACCCGUCGGAGGCGUUGCGUCUGCCUGGGUGGACUGGGCAGAAGGCUGUUCCGCUCAGGAGCAGCAGUGUCCACACGCCAGUUUCCAGAGCCUGGGUUGCUGGGAGCCGGCUCAGGGUGUCAGUUUGCUUAGGUAUGUGCUGAGUGCCCUGUGUGCUGUAUUUCAGGCAGGCCCCACCAUACUGCGUUGGGCGGAACAAUUCGAUCAUUAUUGGGAGUAUUGUCCUAGUCUCACUCAGUUCACCAGGGCCACAUGUACAGUGCUCAGAGAGGAGAUUCUAAUGAAAAAUACGAGUGUAAUCCUAAAAUUACAUGAGAAGGAAUACUCUUAAGUUUAUCAAAUAUUAAAAUACCACAAUGUUGGGCUGGAUUACAGGCUCAUGCCUGUAAUCCCAGCUACUUGGGAGGUCAGCGCAGGAGGAUCUCUUGAGGCCCGAAGUUCAGACGAGGCAACAUAGCAAGACCCCAUCUCUACAGAAAGGAAAAAAGGUCAGGCACAGUGACUCACACCUGUAAUCCCAGCACUUUGGGAGGCUGAGGCGGACAGAUUGCUGGAAGGCAGAAGUUGGAGACCCGCCUGGUUAACAUGAUGAAACCCUGGCUCUCCUAAAAAUACAAAAAUUAGCUAGGUUUGGUGGUGCUCACCUGUAAUACCAGCUGCACUGGAGUCUGAGGCAUGAGAAUUGCUUGCGUAUGGGAGGCAGAGGUUGCAGUGAGCUAAGAUCGCACCAUUGCACUCCAGCCUGGGCAACAAGAGCAAAACUCUCACCAAAAAAAUAAAUAAAUAAAGAUGGCUAAAAAAUUAAAUAAUUCUUCCCUUUUGACUAAGUAAUUAAGAAUCGACCCUAGAGAAUAAUAGGAGAUAGGACUAGAGAUAAUCAGGCUUAAAAGAAAGGGAAAAACAUGAAACAGCCUAAAUGUCCAGGAAUGGAAACACGAUCUAGUCAUAGAAUGAAAUAUGCAGCCUUUAGUUAUGUAUUUAUUUUUAUUUAUUUGCUUUUUGAGAUGGAGACUCCCCUGGCGCCCAGGCUGGAUUGCAGUGACACAGUCUUGGCUCACUGCAACCUCCGCCUCGCAGGUUCAAGUGAUUCUCCUGCCUCAGCCUCCCAGGAAGUUGGGAUUACAGGUAUACACCACCACACCCAGCUAUUUUUUUUUUGAGAUGGAGUUUCGCUCUUGUUACCCAGGCUGGAGUGCAAUGGCGCCAUCUCAGCUCACUGCAACCUCCGCCUCCUGGGUUCAGGCAAUUCUCCUGCCUCAGCCUCCCGAGUAGCUGGGAUUACAGGCACGCGCCACCAUGCCCAGCUAAUUUUUUGUAUUUUUAGUAGAGAUGGGAUUUCUCCAUGUUGGUCAGGCUGGUCUCAAACUCCCAGCCUCAGGUGAUCUGCCUGCCUCGGCCUCCCAAAGUGCUGGGAUUACAGGCGUGAGCCACCAUGCCCAGCCAGAUACAGUUUAUUUAUAAUAAAAUACAGUGCCGAACUAGAUGGCCUUGGGUAGUUUCCACCUUUUUCUUCCUUUUCUGUGACUGUUGUAACAUAGUUCUCUAGAUCCUCAGUCUAAGGUGCAUUUCCCUGGGCUGAAAUGAAGGUGUUCGAUGGGGCAUUGCUUUUUGCAGGCUCUGGAGGAAGAUGUUUGGGAGGUUGGCAGAAUCUGGUUCUUGCUGGUGGUAGGACUGGCAAUAGGACCUUGCUGGGUGCAAGCCAAGCCUUUCCUGGCUUCCCAAGGCUCCCUGCAUUCUACACAGAGGGCCCUUGCCCAUCUGCAGAGUCAGCAGUGGCGGGUGAAGUCCCUCUCAUGCUUUGACUCUCCUUCUAUCUCAUCUCUAGCUCAGCCAGGAAAGGCGGUUAAGGACUCAUGUAUUUAAUUGGCCCCACCCAGAUAAUCCCAGAUAAUCUCCCACUUCGAGGUUGCACACCUUAAUCCCGUCGUCUGCAGAGCCCUGUGCUGGCAGCUCAGCAGCAAACACCUCCUGCACUGUGUCCUGCAGGAACAUGGCUGCUGGUGGCAGGCUGGCCCCGACAGACUGCUCCUUGAGCCAAGGAACCUCCGCUCAGGUGGCCGAGGGUCCCACUCCCAAGCAGAGGGUGGGACGCAGGCUCAGCAGCCAGCCCUCCUCCAAUGCCUUACAGCAACUCUGCUGACAGCCCCUGAGAGACUGGCCUCCAUGGGCAGGAGACCAGCAGACAUUGGUGACUGCCAAAAGCAAAGUCCAGUGUGGUAAAGAGACGCCUCAGUGAUGUGUUCGGACCCCUUCCUCCCCUCACUGUCCGUUCUCAGAUGAUGUUGUGAGACCCUCCUAAGGGUGCCUGAGUCUGCAGCCAGGUAAGGUGCUGUGCCUGCCCCACCUCCCUCCACACUUUCCCGGGUGGUGUCAACGCCCAUGUAUUUGCCUAUUCUUACGCUGCUGACUGGGUAAUUUGUAAAGAAAAGACGUGUAAUUGACUCACAGUUCCACAUGGCUGGGGAGGCCUCAGGAAGCUUACAAUGAUGGCGGAAGGCAACUCUUCACAAGGCAACACGAGAGAGAAUGAGUGCUGAGUGGAGAGGGAAGCCCCUUAUAAAACCAUCAGGUUUCCAAAGAACAGACUCACCCUCAGGAGAACAGCAUGGGGGAAACUGCCCCCAUGAUUUAAGUAUCUCCACCUGGCCCCACCCUCAACACGUAGGAAAUAGUCAAGGUGAGAUUUGGGUGGGGAUGCAGCCAGACCUCAUCACUCCGGAGCCUGGGCGCUGCCAUGUGUUCGGCUCCUUCCACCUGAUCCUCUGUCCUCCUUUACCCCUGGAAGGCUAGACGCCAGGACGGGCGACGCAGGGGCCCAGCCCGGGGAGACCAGGACGCGGCCUCAGGCUGCCGAUCCAUGGCCCUCGGCCCUGUCAGACCUGGGCCCCUUCUAGACAAAUGGUCGUGGCAUUCCCUUUACUACCCUGAAAGGAAUGAAACUCGCUGGCCAUGGCAGCUCAUGCCUGUAAUCCCAGCACUUUGGGAGGUCGAGGCAGGAAGAGCAACUGAGGUCAGGAGUUUAAGACCAGCCUUGCCAACGUGGUGAAACCCCAUCUCUACUAAAAAUAGAAAAAAAUUAGCAGGGCAUGGUAACAAGUGCCUGUAGUCCCACUACUGGGGAGGCAGAGGCAGGAGAAUCACUUGAACCCAGGAGGUGGAGGCUGCAGUGAGCCGAGAUUGUGCCACUGCACUCCAGCCUGGGCGACAGAGCGAGACUCUGUCUCAAAAAAAAAAAAAGAAACUCACAAAUGGUACAUGUUCUACCUAUACCCACAAUUCAAUCACACAUCUGUGCAUACUUGUGUGUCUAACAUAGAGGAGAAAGAAAAAGGAUGUGAUUUGUAGAAAAGUCACUUGUGAAGUAAGUCAGUGCUUGGGUGCAGUUGUACUAGACACUGCGAAGGCGCCAGAUAAAAAUGUGUCUGGUGUUGGUGUUAACCGUGGGCGAUGCGAUGUUUUCCCAGAAUGGUGAACCCUUGGUAAAAUGCUGAACAAACAGGAUGUAGUCCCCUGUCACUGACAUGGCGUUGGCAUUCCUGGUCAACGCAGUGUUAAGGUAAAGCGCACAUGAUGCCGGACCGUCAGGGUCUCAGCGCGCAUGAUGCCGGACGUCAGGGUCUCAGCGCGCAUGAUGCCGGACGUCAGGGUCUCAGCGCGCAUGAUGCCGGACCGUCAGGGUCUCAGCGCAGCUCCGGGCGCACAGACCACCCUUCUGCACGAGCGCCCAACCAGGCACUUGAGCCUCUGUGAACUGAGGAUGCUUCCCUGUGUUGCAGAAGUCAGUUUGGGCUGACAGUUAGCCUGCCGUUAUCCUUCCAUGUCUGCACGUGGCUGUUCACCCAGGGCCCCCGGCCUGUGCCUCCUGAACUUGGGACAACCGGAUACAUCCCCACAGAUUCCAAACGUUCCAGUGAGGUGAUGUGGUUCCUAUGGGAGUGGCUGCUGUAGCUCAGGGUCUGGGCAGCCACCAGAGGCCCCCUCUUCCCUCUCCGCUCCUGAAACAGCUCCUGGUGUGCGGUGGAAAUUUAAAGAUACUCCUCAUAGGAGCUGGCGUGGUGGCUCAUACCUGUCAUCCCAGCACUUUGGGAGGCCAAGUGGAUGGAUUGCUUGAGACCAGGAGCUGGAGACCAGCCUGGGCAACAUAGUGAAAGCCCUGACCCUACACAAAAUUGGCCAGGUGUGGUGCUGCAACCUGUAGUCCCAGCUACUUGGGAGGCUGAGGUGUGAGCAGCACGUGAGUCCAAGAGCUGGAGGCUGCAGUGAGCCUUGAUCGCACCACGGCACUCCAGCCUGCGUGGCAGAACGAGACCCUGUCUCAAAAAAUAAAAAUAAUAACGUGGACUAAUGAGGUGAGAGAGGUUUGACAGUUUGGGAACGCAGUGCUGCCAUGGCUGAGUGAGGGGACAGGCAAGCCCUUCUGAAUGCAGUGUGACGAGGAUUGGGGAGGUCAGGGCAGUUGCCUGCUGUGGUCCCCAGCAGUGAGCACAGGAGGUUUAUUCUCUGGGAAAAUCAAGUCAUGGACACCAGACACCACUGGGCAUGGCGGAGUACAGUGUGGCAGGGAACUGGUGGCCUGAGCAAGCCCCUCCAGCCUGGGAACCUGUGGCCCCCCUGGUCUGCAGAUGGGAGCCCAUGGAAGGAUAACGGCAGGCUAACUGUCAGCCCAAAGCAGGCAGCCUCCAGAUGCCGCUGGGAGCCCCAAUUUAGAAGCCAGAGUCACAUAGCUUCUUGGCGACUACUUAGGGUCUGUCCUUGAGAGUCACUAGAAUGUGAGGAGAGACCCAGACAGCAGGAAAAGGAGCUCAGGGAAGAACAUCCAGUUGCUAUAAACAUCUUACCAUUAGCGUUGUCAUAGAUACCACCUCCCAAAUGAGGAGUCAUAAAGAGUUGGACGCUGCCAGAGGGAAAUGCGCAGGGCACCGGAAGGAGUUUUUAGAAAUUAUAAAUAACAGCACUUUUUUUUUUUUUUUGAGACAGAGUUUCGCUCUUGUUACCCAGGCUGGAGUGCAGUGGCGUGACCUCGGCUCACCGCAACCUCUGCCUCCUGGGUUCAGGCAAUUCUCCUGCCUCAGCCUCCUGAGUAGCUGGGAUUACAGGCACGCACCACCACGCCCAGCUAAUUUUUUGUAUUUUUAGUAGGGACGGGGUUUCACCAUGUUGACCAGGAUGGUCUCGAUCUCUUGACCUCAUGAUCCACCCGCCUUGGCCUCCCAAAGUGCUGGGAUUACAGGCUUGAGCCACCGCGCCCGGCUGAACAGCACUUUUUUUUUUGAGAUGGAGUCUUGCUCAGUCACUCAAGUGAAGUGGCAUAAUCUCGGCUCACUGCAGCCUCUGCCUCCUGGGUUCAAGCAAAUUCUCUGCCUCAGUCUCCCAAGUAGCUGGGAUUAUAGGCGCCCACCACUAUGCCCGGCUAAUUUUUUGUACUUUAGUAGAGACUGGGUUUCACCAUCUUGGCCAGGCUGAUCUUCAACUCCUGGCCUCAUGGUCCACCUGCCUCAGCCUCCCAAAGUGCCGGGAUUAUGGCACCUGGCCUUUUUUUUUUUUUUUUGAGAGAGUUUUGCUCUUGUUGCCCAGGCUGGUGUGCAAUGGCCAGGAUUUUGGCUCACUGGCCAAAAUCCUGUGAUUCUACUGCCUUAGCCUCCCAAGUAGCUGGCACUACAGUUGUAUGCCACCACGCCAGGCUAAUUUUGUAUUUUUAGUAAAGACGGAGUUUCUCCAUGUUGGACAGGCUGGUCUCGAACUCCUGACCUCAGGUGAUCCUCCCGCCUUGGCCUCCCAAAGUGCUGGGGUUAUAGGCUUGAGGCACCAUGCCCAGUCAUAAGCAGCACAUUUUUAAAAAGCCAUAGAAGAUCCAGAAAAGAAAGUUGAGGACAUCUCCCAGAAAAUAGAAUAAAAAGAGAUGAAAAACAGCUGGACAGGUGUGGUGGCACAGAUGACCCUCACUGGCACCCUUGGCUUUUCACUGAACAGGGUAUUAGCCUAGGGCAUUUCCCAGCGAAGGCUCCAGGCCUCUCCCAGGUCACUGCUCUGUGCCUCCAGGGGCUCCUCCCUCUGCCCUGCCCCACCCUGUCACCCGCUUGCCCUGGCUCUGCCUGGAAAAUUGAGACCUUCUAGGCCAAGGGCCCCCUCCCCAGGCCAAGGUAUCAUCUUCAGGAUCCUGACACCUGUCCCUCCUCUGAGAAUCCAGACCUUUUCCGGAGCCACAUCCUGGGGCCAGGAGGGCUCCAUGUGGUCAGUGGCUGUGGGUUACUGGGAACAAGACAGUCGGCUGACUGUGCUUGGAGAACAGGUCACUGUCUGAGUCUAAAUGGUAUCCAUGGGGACGCCACUUCAGUCUUCUUAAACUUCUCCUCUCCAGUGUUGUGGAGAGUCCAGUUCUGACGUGCAGUUUGCCACCAGGUGUGGAGCCUGUGGGGUGGAUGGGUGCCUCCCUCCUCAGCAGGUCAGAAGGUCCCAUGGGUGCCCGCCACAGACACCCAGUGGAAGGACCAGCUUGGAGCCACCUCUGAUCGAAGAGCCCAGCAGUCUAGAGGCCCCACCUCUGCGUGUGGCCAGCGUGGUCCCCAGGCUUUCCUUGGCACCCCCACCCCUCUUGCAGCAGCCCGGGCUCCUGGUGGGCCUGAGCUACGGCGCCAUCUAGGGGUGGCCUAGGGGAGUCCCACGCCUUCAGCAUCUGUCCUGCAGUUGUUUCUGGUGCCCACCUGCCUGGCUGGAUUGGCACAUGGAGUUGACCGUCAAGGACAAGCAGCCACAGCCUUUGUGGGAAUUGCCAUGUCCAACCUUGGCCUCUCAGGUCAGCCUCAUGGGGGUUGGCCAGGACCAAAAGGACCAAGGCCCCUCCGUCCACGGAUCCUGCUUGACAGAAGCCGAAGGAGGAGGGAGGUGUGGGAAGGGUGUGGACGGCAUGAGCACGGUUCCUUCCUGAACAGUGUUGUUUCAUUUGUGAGUAGGCACAUGACACCUCCCCUCGCCUUAUAGAAUCAUGUGCACACAUGCAGCGUGCAGCCUGGUGUUGGAACCAUUCUGAAGAGCACAGUUCAAGGCCAGGCUCAGUGUCUCAUGCCUAUGAUCCCAGCAUUUUCAGAGUCCAAGGGAUUGACUACAAGACCACCACCAUCCUGCUGGACGGCCGGCGCGUGAAGCUGGAGCUCUGGGACACGUCGGGCCAGGGCCGCUUCUGCACCAUCUUCAGGUCCUACUCCAGGGGCGCUCAGGGGAUCCUCCUGGUGUAUGACAUCACCAACCGCUGGUCCUUUGAUGGCAUUGACCGCUGGAUCAAGGAGAUCGACGAGCAUGCGCCUGGAGUGCCCCGGAUCUUGGUUGGAAACCGGCUGCACCUGGCCUUCAAGCGCCAAGUCCCGACGGAGCAGGCCCGCGCCUACGCAGAGAAGAACUGCAUGACCUUCUUCGAGGUCAGCCCCCUGUGCAACUUCAACGUCAUUGAGUCCUUCACAGAGCUGUCCCGCAUCGUGCUCAUGCGGCACGGCAUGGAGAAGAUCUGGAGGCCCAACCGAGUGUUCAGCCUGCAGGACCUCUGCUGCCGGGCCAUCGUCUCCUGCACCCCCGUACACCUCAUCGACAAGCUUCCGCUGCCCGUCACCAUCAAGAGCCACCUCAAGUCCUUCUCGAUGGCCAAUGGCAUGAAUGCUGUCAUGAUGCACGGCCGCUCCUACUCCCUGGCCAGUGGGGCUGGGAGCGGCGGCAGCAAGGGGAACAGCCUCAAGAGGUCCAAGUCCAUCCGCCCGCCCCAGAGUCCCCCGCAGAACUGCUCACGGAGCAACUGCAAGAUCUCCUAGCAGAGACGGGUGGGGCCACCUGUGCAGAUGCCGGGAGGGCUCGAGGUGGACACUCCCGCAGGGACACCGGGCUGGUGCUGCCUGUGUGAAGACUGGCCACAGAGCUGCCUUGGAAGCACUAGGCUUUCCCCGCACCUGAGCCGGGUGUGGGGAAGAGCAUGCAUGGAGCACGUGCGGCAGGUGGGAGGAGGGUACACGGCUGGGCUGCUGGUGCUUCUGGGAAUCUUGGUCUGAAACAAGCUGGGCCUCUCCGACUGCCUGAGCUCAGCCGGUGGAGAGCCUGACUUGCCUUUCUUAUUUAUAUACAGAACACUUCACCCUUUUUGUCCGUUUUAAGGGGCCUUCAGGGAAGCCCCGGUGUGUCCCUGUGGUGCACUGGUGACUUCAUGGCCACACCAGCCAUGGGGAUGCACUUGGGACGCCUCGGGAGGGGAUCUGUGACAGCGAUGGGAAGCAGUCGCCCUGUGAAUCCACGCACUGUGAAUGGCAGGGCUGCUCAGAGGCUGGCGGAGCAUACAGGGUCGGUGCUCCCUCUGGAGGCUUGGGUGACCUUGGCCCUGGCUCCCAUGGGCCACUCCGACCUCAGUGGUCACUGUGCUGGCAGUGGAUGGAGGGUGUGGCCCUGUGGUCAGAGCCCAAGCAACACUCAGGAGAGGGGAGAAGUGAGGUUGCUCCCCAAAUCCCUUCUUCCUACACGGGGUUGAGAACCUUUGAUGUGACCCCUUUGGGGACAUUUACCACUCAAAACUCAGAUCAGCGUCUCUUCCACCCUGGAGAGUGCAGAGCUAUCUGUGGACUUACGAAUACUUGACCGGCUGCAGCCCACCUGCCUCUGGCGGCAUCUGGACCCCUGCACCCAAGUGCAGUCUCCUGUUCUCGGCAGCUUCUGUCGCUGGCUCUGGUGUCCCCACAGCUGCUGCUCGGCUGGGAGGUCACCCGGCAUCGGGACCGUUCUGAUCUGCUUCUUAGGGACGCGCCUGGAACUGCCUUGGCCAUGUCGUGUGGGGGCCUCAGGAGGCCUCCUCAGAGCCCUACCAGCCCAGCACUGCUGCUGAGCCCCAGGCACGCAGGGCCGGCCACUGCUCUUCUGAAGUUAUUGGCUGCUCCUCCGCCCAGUGCUUCUGCCACACCUGCCCCAGUGGCCCUCUGCGGGGUUGCAGUCGCCUGGGACUGCCCUCCCUACCCCUGUGCACACCCGCAACACUGGUGCUCACCUCUACCUCCUGACCUCAGGCCGCACGGCAUGGCAUGGCUAGCACGCAGAAGGAGCCCUCCGGGGGCCCAGGACCCCCUCGGCUGGGACUCCACUGCACAUGCUUCCCACAGAGGGUGCACCGGGCACCAGUGGACUUGAAGCCGCAUGGCCCAUUCCUGAGAGAUGUGGGCCAGGGCCUGUGUGUGAGCUGCCAGAUGAGCAAGGGAACCCUGGCCUCCUGAUCCAGUGUCCCUGUCCUCGCCCCCACCAACCCCCGUCCUGUUCUGCCAGCAGGACCCGUGUUUGGGAUUAUGAACAAGACCUAGAUGGGCUGCCAUUCACGGUAUCAACACUACCCUUACUGCUGUCAGACACUCGCCCCGGUCCUGUUCUUCCCGAACCGUUCGUUCUUUGUACAGUAAAUGUCAUUCAUCCGUGGUC